AUGGACAUCAUCUCGCAGCUGCAGGAGCAGCUCAACGAGAUGGCCAUGGUGGCCGUCAACACCUUCGGCACGCUGCAGCGCGACGCGCCGCCCGUCCGCCUCUCCAACAGCUACCCCGACCCGCUCAACCCGAACCCUAACCCCGACGGCCCCGCCUCCCAGCCCCAGCCCCAGGCCCCGCCCGCGCCCGGCGCGCCGCCGCCGGCACCUGUACCGCCGCAGCCACCGCAAGCGCCGCCCCAGCCGGCCCUCGACCUCGCCGAGCAACCCAAGGCCAUGAGCCACGCGCUCGUCCUCGCCGCAAAGAAGUUUGAUGCUCUUGUUGCUGCAUUACCACUGUCAUCUGAAGAGGAUCAGUUGAAAAGAAUUCAAGAACUUCAGGCAGAGAACGAAGUUGUUGGAUUGGAGCUUCAGAAACAACUUGAAGCUGCUGAACUGGAAUUGGAACGGGUUGAAGUGUUGUUUAAUGAAGCUACAGAUAACUGUAUAAAUUUGAAGAAGCCAGAUUAG